GACGCCGGCGGCGGGCAUUUAAUGGCUGGGGGAGGGGUGCGCGGCCGCGGCCCCCCCAGCCCGCCGGACGCCGCCCGCAGGACGCGCCCCUCGCUUGGCCCGCUCGCCUCGCAGGCAGCCAGUCGCCCCGGGGUGCGCGGGUGGGGGAUGGGGAGCGGGCACCUCCGGGCUGGAAGCAGCGAGGGCAGCAGCUCGGCCGCCCAAACACGGGGGUGCCUUCCUCCGGCCACAAGCAGGCGGCCCCGCUACCAGGAAGCAUCAGAUUGAAGUGAUUAAAUUCAAAUAUAACUAAACUUUGUUAGAGGGCUUUUUUAAAAAAAAAAAAAAAGUUGUUUCAGUGCAUCAGAGCAAGUUACUACUGCUUUACCGUUCAGAGACUUACAGGUGCUUGCCUGCAUUGCAAUAAAGGACUCAUAUAUUGAGCAAGACUUAUAUUUAUCUCUUCGUUUUGGAGAGUCUAAUAAACUGUUAUUACAGUUUCUCUACUGACUUUCAAAAGUUUUGAAGUCUAAAAGAGACACCUUUACAAAUAACAAAGCAUGAGCACGGCCAGAACAGAAAACCCUGUUAUAAUGGGUCUAUCCAGUCAAAAUGGGCAGCUGAGGGGCCCUGUGAAGCCCAGUGGUGGCCCUGGAGGAGGGGGCACACAAACGCAGCAACAGAUGAACCAGCUGAAAAAUACCAACACAAUCAAUAAUGGCACUCAACAGCAAGCACAGAGUAUGACCACCACUAUUAAACCUGGUGAUGACUGGAAAAAGACUUUAAAACUCCCUCCAAAGGAUCUAAGAAUCAAAACUUCGGAUGUGACCUCCACAAAAGGAAAUGAGUUUGAAGAUUACUGUUUGAAAAGGGAGUUACUGAUGGGAAUUUUUGAAAUGGGCUGGGAAAAACCAUCUCCUAUUCAGGAGGAGAGCAUUCCCAUUGCUUUAUCUGGUAGGGAUAUCUUAGCUAGGGCUAAAAAUGGAACUGGCAAGAGUGGUGCCUACCUCAUUCCCUUACUUGAACGGCUAGACCUGAAGAAGGACAAUAUACAAGCAAUGGUGAUUGUUCCUACUAGAGAACUAGCCCUACAGGUCAGUCAAAUUUGCAUCCAGGUCAGCAAACACAUGGGAGGGGCCAAAGUGAUGGCAACCACAGGAGGAACCAACUUACGUGAUGACAUAAUGAGGCUUGAUGACACAGUACAUGUGGUGAUCGCUACCCCUGGAAGAAUUCUGGAUCUCAUCAAGAAAGGCGUAGCAAAGGUUGAUCAUGUCCAGAUGAUAGUAUUGGAUGAGGCAGAUAAGUUGCUGUCACAGGAUUUUGUGCAGAUAAUGGAAGACAUUAUUCUCACGUUACCUAAAAACAGGCAGAUUUUAUUAUAUUCAGCCACUUUCCCUCUUAGUGUUCAGAAGUUCAUGAAUUCCCAUUUGCAAAAACCCUAUGAGAUUAACCUAAUGGAGGAGCUAACUCUGAAGGGAGUAACCCAGUACUACGCAUAUGUAACUGAGCGCCAGAAAGUACACUGCCUCAACACGCUUUUCUCAAGGCUCCAGAUAAACCAGUCUAUAAUUUUCUGCAACUCCUCUCAACGUGUUGAACUAUUAGCUAAGAAGAUUUCUCAACUGGGCUAUUCUUGCUUCUAUAUCCAUGCUAAGAUGAGGCAGGAACACCGAAAUCGUGUAUUCCAUGAUUUCCGAAAUGGCUUAUGCCGUAAUCUUGUUUGCACUGAUCUGUUUACCCGAGGUAUUGAUAUACAAGCUGUGAAUGUGGUGAUAAAUUUCGACUUUCCAAAGUUGGCAGAGACCUAUCUCCAUCGUAUUGGCAGAUCAGGUCGCUUUGGUCAUCUUGGUUUGGCCAUCAAUUUGAUCACAUAUGAUGAUCGAUUCAAUCUAAAAAGUAUUGAGGAGCAACUGGGAACUGAAAUUAAACCCAUCCCAAGCAACAUUGACAAAAGCCUAUAUGUGGCAGAAUACCACAGUGAGCCUGUAGAAGAUGAGAAACCUUAACAAGCAUGCUUUGACAAACUACAGAAGCCCAUCUGGAUCUGUGACACAUCGUUUCUUUGGGAAUGCUCUUCUCUUUGUGGGUUUUUCGUCUUCUUUUCGUUUUGGAACUAUGAAGACUUAAAAAGAGCUCAGACUUUUUUUUUCUUUUUAAUCUGGCGGAGAGGAGAAAAAAGCUGAAAAGAAGGAAUAUACCUUUUUUUUGUUCCACUUGUUUGCACUGUGUGCUGACUGAACAUUAGUUGCACUAACUGCUGGUUUUAAAAAAUUUCUUCUGGGAGGCAGGGGAAGGAGGGGGAAAAAAAGGAAGAGGAGGGGAGAAACCCUGAAAAGAGAAGAAUCUUGAUAAACACAAGCUUGUCUACUAUUUCAAAAUUCUCCAACAGUUGACUAGGAGUGCAUUUCAACUUCUCCCUGGUUCUCAUCCGUUUUUAAGCCUAAAGAGCUUGUUACUUAUUUGUGCGAAGUGCCUUAUGCUAUGAGACCAUUCAGAAUAUCAUCUUUCAGACACAGCCCAAGGAAUCAACAAUGGCAAUUCUUUCUUUUUUUUUCCCUCUUCCCAUCCCUUUUUGGUUUCAGGUCAGUCUCCUUCCCUUCCCCUCCUCAUUCACCCAAAUACUCAAGCCCAGGGCUGGGAAAUGAAACAUAUUGGUAAUGUUAAACACUUGUUUUUUGUUUGAUUUUUCAUCGGAGGAGUUGAUAUGCAACAGCAGUUCACCCGCACUGUAAAUACAUGUAUUUAAAAAAAACCCAAGUAAAAAAUUCUGGGCUGAGUAGGUGCAACAUCAUCGCUCCCGAAGGAAAGAGCAGUCUAUCAUUGCAGGAGCCAUAUGACAAGCCUUUGUGCUCUUUAGCAGAACACUAAAGACUGAUUUACAUAAGCCUCCAUUAGUAGUUAUGGCACUUGAUGUGUAGACAUGUCAGAGCCUUGACCCUCUUUCCUCUGUGGCAAAGCGUAUCCCAUAGAAAAUUGGAUGUGUAUACUUGUAUAAACUUUGUAAAUAUGUUUUUUUCUGGGUUCAUAUAUAACUUUUUUUUUAUGAAGGUUGCUGGGAUUAAGGGGAUUAGAUUGAUUAUGGGAGCAGCUAUAGAUGAGAGGGGCUCAGUUUUUCGCAACACUAAACUCUAAAAAGUGCUCCAGCCUCUUACUGUAGAAAGCAGGCCUCUAUGGGGGAAUCCCAGAGUUGAGAAAGGGGGACCCUAGGAUGGGUGAUGAGGGGUAUUCACUGAUACUUGUUGCCACACUGCUCUACCUAAUACUAUGGAGGAGUCCUACAGAGAGAACAAGGAAGCUUCAAAAAUGUAUAGCUCAAGAUGUUUUUGAGAUGCUUUCUGACAUUCCUCCCUCCCCCUCUUUAAAAAAAAAAAAAAACCUAAAAACAAAAAAUCUCAUAAACUACAUUUUCUGAAAAAGGGGGGGUAAAGACAAAUCUACCUUGCAGUGUAACUAUUCUAGCAGGUGGUAGUAUUUUUGAGCAGUAUAUAUAAAGCACAGAUUUGAGUUUCAGAAUAUUAGAAAAUACCAGUUUAUAUAAACUGACAAUUCUGGAGCUUUUUUCUGUGGAUCAUUUCUUGUAGUAUACACAUUUGUUGCCCCAAAACACCUUGAUACACAAAUUUUGCGCAGGGAUGGGCAGACCCUGAGACCUGUUAACUUCAAAGCUACAGAAAGCUGCUUGCCAUCCUUUAUGUUUUGGCAUGAGUUGCUAUCUGUCAUUCUGCAUUGUAUAUUGCUGGCAAACGCUUUAUGGUCAAUAGUGUUGCUUUAAAUUGUGCCCCUCCCAACAUGCUUGAUGUUUGGCCUGAUCUCCAGGCAAAAGGAGUGAGAUGAAUCAAAACCAGUAAACUUUUUCUUUUGUUUUUUUUGUUGUUGUUGGGGGGGGGGGGGGGGGGUUUUUUUUUUUUUUGUUUUUGGGUGUCUUUUUUUUUUGUUUGUUUUUGUUUUUUUUGUUUUUGUUUUUAAUUCCCUUUUUAACCCAAUGUACUGUAGUCUGUCAGGAGGCAUUUUCAAACCACCUCACGCUUUCCCCACACCUAAGGCAGUUUUUCUGAAUCCAUUGUUUUUCCAAAACUUUAAUGUUACAAUCAGAUCCUAUAUACUCUUCCAUGUUUAUCACCAGAACAAAAUAAUUGGUCUUAUGGGGUUAUGGUUUUGUUUUUUUGGUUGUUUUGUUUUUGUUUUUUUACUCUGCCCUUAUUUACUUUAUUCUAAACAAAGUUGUUUAUAAUCCUAUCAGAAACCUGACCCAUGCCUCCUGCAGACUUAACAAUGAUUCUUUUCCAACUGUAGCAAGAGCUGCAUUGCACAGUACAAACUCAGACAAUAAUUAGAGCUGUAUGAGCCACAUGCUGUCUAUCCAACCAUUGUUAGGUACUAAAUGUAAACGAUAAUUUAGGAAAUAACUUUUUUGGGGGGGAGGGAGUUUAUAGGUAACAGAUUUUGACCAAAUUUGAAAUUCUUGCCCUUGUACUGAAGCAGCUCAUUUUUUUUUUUCUUCUGGCGAGACAAGAGGGAUCAUUUAAAACAACAAAGAUGGAGAACCAAAUGUAAAUAUAAUUUUGUAUCUCGCAACAGUUUGUGGUUGAGUGAACAAGCAGGACAGUCCCAGUGCCAGCCAUGGACUGCUCUGUCUAGUCCAGGAUAGGUAAGCCUGAUGCCAUGCUCCAUGGGAUCCCUCUUGAAGCACAGACUUAAAAUUGAAAGUAUUACUAAAGCUCAGCCUCUGAUGAGGAGUGGCACUUAAAAUAUCUGGAGCGCCAUUAUUGGACAGCUUUCUGUCAAGGCUGUUGUCCAAUUCUGGUUCUUGAUUCUUGAAUAGGAAUUGCAAAUGGAAAGAUGCUCUAAAGAGCUAGGUAAAAACCUGGUCUUUUGUUUUGUUUUUUGUUUUUAUUUUAAUCCCCUUGCAAUAAGGACCAUUGUAACUUUUGGGGGAUGUUCUCAGAUUCCAAUUUUGGGGUAUUUUGUUUUGGAGGUUUUAAUUAAUGUCAGCAUUUUCCAUUGGUUCAUUUGGGUUAGAACAAAUCCUUAUUUUUAAUAGUCAAACCACAGGUCCGGCAUGUGGUUUGGCCUUAGGUGGUGCAGUUGGUGUAACAAAAUAUAACACUUAAAACACUGUGCUGCCUCUCAGCCCAUAUUUUCCCCUCACUCCCUUCCAAAUCCCCAUUUAAAAAAAAAAAAAAAAAAAAGUAAUCUUUUGAAAUGGAAUAAAUUUUGUCUAAAUUGAUCUUCCUGGGGAGGGAGAAGAAAGGGACAGAGAAACCUAGACUUGUUUCUCAAUUACUUCCAAUUUGGUUCCAAGUUCAAUAUGGGUUGGCCCCAAUGGGUUAGUGGGUGGGUUGGUCAUCAAUAUUUGUGUUCAGAAUGAGAUGAGAGCAUCUUUCCUUUGCUGUAUGCUUUGUGCAUGUUACCAUCAAGCUUGGGUAAGAACCAGAUUGCUCAGCACAAAGCUCUUGGUAUAACUGUUGGUAUCAAAACAUCUCAUUCUGGUCACUUUUUUUUUUGUUUGGUUUUUGUUUGUUUUAAUAGGGGUUGGGAGGGAGGGUGUCUGCAUUAAGGAUUUAGAAACACUUCAGAUGCUUGUAGCCUCAUCAACUUUCUCAACCACACUGUUGACCUCACAGAUGAGUAGUAGCACAAAGGUGAAAUGAUUAAAUUUUUCUUGUGAUUUGAAUCUUGUUAGUUUAAUUUGCCAUUUUUCAUCAUCAUUAAUGUCUCUUCCUUUCUUUAUUGUUGCAUAUUAACUUUCUGGCAGUCUCUGGCCAGCAGUGAAUUCAACCAGCAACCAACCAGCUCCACAGGCCAGUUCAUGGGAGCUAAACCAACUUUGUUUAGUAAAAUUAGAAUUAAAGGCUCAUCUGUUAGAUUGAGUGUGUGUGUAUGAAGAAGUGAUUCAUGAGGUUAGAACAUGUCUGUCACCUGAAGUCCACUUCAUCUGUAGCUAGCAGAUCCUAGAAGAAGUGUAUCUAAAUCCAUUUGUGGACAAUAUGGGGGGGGAAGGUGGGAGGGGAGGGCUAGGGUUAUUAAGAUACAGGCUACUGUAUUUUAACCAAUGAUUGUGGGGGAGGGGUAUCUGGAGAAAACAGUCACUAUUCCCUUUAUUAAAAACAAAACUGGAACAUAAUUUUUUUUUCUAAAAAAAUUAAAAAGCAAUUUUUUUUGUUCACUUCAAAUGGGAAACAAAUCCAGUGUCCCUAGUCACAAGGGACCAGUUCCACUGAAAAAUAAACAGUGGGGACUCAAAUUUGAAAACAUUUGGGUGAGGGGAGAAUUGGCUUUCUGUUAAUUGGCUAAUAGUCCAGUGGGGCUGUGUUUUUGUUGGGAUGUGUGAUGUAUUGUAUGUACAUGAAUGUGGAGCUGAGAGUCUCCACUCAGUUCAGAAAGUUCAGAAAAGAUGGUUGGCAAAAUCUUGAUUUUGUUCAUUUAUCUCAAUAAAAGCCCACUGGAACUCCA